CAGAAAGGUCGUGGGUGAGAGGUGAUUGGGACACAUCUUGUUGUCUUUGUAAGAGUGGAGCUCGAUCACGCAGCCGUGUCUUCCCUCUUCCCCGAAUCCUCUCAAAACUCCCUCCCGAACCUCCCGGACCUCCCCCUCUCACCCUCCGGACCCUCGGACCCUCUCCCCUCCCGCAGCGCGCGUCAGUUGAUCAUCCGUGACCAAAGAUCCAGAGCUCGUCUCAUUGAUAAUCAUGGACUCUGGUGUGAUUGAAGGAGGACUCAAUGUCACGCUCACCAUCAGACUGCUCAUGCAUGGCAAAGAAGUGGGCAGCAUCAUCGGAAAGAAAGGUGAAUCGGUGAAGAAGAUGCGAGAGGAGAGCGGCGCUCGGAUCAACAUCUCUGAGGGGAACUGCCCCGAGCGCAUCAUCACCCUCGCAGGCCCCACCACUGCCAUCUUCAAAGCCUUCUCCAUGAUCAUCGAGAAGCUGGAGGAGGACAUCAGCAGCUCCAUGUCCAACAGCACGGCCACCUCCAAGCCCCCGGUCACGCUGAGGAUCGUGGUGCCGGCCAGCCAGUGCGGGUCGCUCAUCGGCAAGGGCGGCUGCAAGAUCAAGGAGAUCAGGGAGUCCACAGGAGCUCAGGUACAGGUGGCUGGAGACAUGCUGCCCAACUCUACUGAGAGAGCCAUCACCAUCGCCGGGACCCCGCUGUCCAUCAUCGAGUGUGUCAAACAGAUCUGUGUGGUCAUGCUGGAGUCGCCUCCCAAAGGUGUGACCAUCCCGUACCGACCCAAACCCUCAGGAUCGCCUGUCAUUUUUGCAGGAGGACAGGUGAGUGUUUCAGUGCCGCCUGCAGCUGUAGUGUGUGUGUGUGAGAGAGAAAGAUCUGUUUCAUCUCAGACGUGUGUUUUGCAGGCAUACGCGGUGCAGGGACAACAUGCCAUUCCUCAGCCUGAUCUCACUAAACUCCAUCAGCUGGCGAUGCAGCAGAGUCCGUUUCCUCUGGCCCCCAGCAGCCAAGGCUUCACUGCUGGGAUGGACGCUACUGCACAGACAGGCUCUCAUGAACUGACCAUUCCUAAUGAUUUGAUUGGCUGCAUCAUUGGUCGCCAAGGUGCCAAGAUCAAUGAGAUUCGUCAGAUGUCAGGGGCACAGAUCAAGAUCGCCAAUCCAGUGGAGGGCUCGACCGACCGACAGGUCACCAUCACCGGCUCACCGGCCAGCAUCAGUCUGGCUGAGUACCUGAUCAACGCACGACUCUCAUCCGAGGCGACAGGAAUGGCCGCUAACUGAUGCUCUCCACCCCCCACCAGCCCUUUCUCCUCCUCCAUCACAUUACGCUCUCUAAGUGCAAAAGAAAACCAAGUAUUUUCAACCUCUCUUUUCCUUUCACCCACCCCAAGCUAUGCUUCAUGGAUAUACACAAGUAUUUUAUUUAUUUAUUUCAUGAAAAUGUUUUUAAAAUCCCUUUGCGUACAGUUUUUAAUGUCUAUUUUUCUUUGCAUAUUUUGUCAGUUAACAUAACCGUAUGGAAGUGACAGUGGAGAAAGUGGAAAAAUCUGAAAACGCAUAAAUGUUUUUGUUAUCUCAGAUUUUUCUUAUAAAAACAGAAAAAAAUAAAAAAGAGAGCAACUACAAAUAAUAGAUUGACCGCUUUCCCUGUAUCAAACAUUUAUUUAUUUUAAUUUAACUCUAGGAAUUUACUGAUUUUAAAAUCCUAGAAAUGAGCUUUAGAGAAGAAGCUCUGUUUUCUGCAUCAGAUCGAUGCGAGUCUGAGCUGUUUCAGGUGACACCUUUUUUCUUUUCUUUUUUUUUUUUUGAUUUGUCAUUCCUCAAUAUUUGUCUUUUUUUUUCUUUCUUUAUCCUGAAGUUGGAGAUUUUGUUAGAGGGAGGUAUGGGAGAUGCUGCAGUUUCUGCAUAAAUGACAUUACUGCUAUAAUAAUGAGUUGGAAAUAUUUUUUAGAGAGAAAUAUUUUUUUUUUUUUUUUUUUCACCCUGUGGUGUAGAGCCCAGACUGGAGGAUUCCCAAUCGACAUUUAUAUGAUGAUGCGACUGAGUUACUGAUCAAUUACAUGACUAGAAGGAACUUUCUAGAAUUAACACUAGUUUCCUCUCUGCUCUGCUUGAGUAAUAGUUAUGUUUUCUAUUUUAUUAUUAUAUUUUUUUUGUUUUCUUUUUUUUUGUUGUUGUUUUUUUUCUUGCAGGAGGAAGGAAAACCUAAAACCUUUUUGUGCACGUUUUCAAAAUAUUGUAGAUUUGGAGUGCAGCUGGAAUGAAGAAUUAAACAUGCAAAAUUAAAACAUGAGAUGCUGAACCUA